AUGGAUAAACGUAGAAAACCAACGGAAAGGUCGUCAAGAGCCUUAAAACGGCUCGAGGCACAUUUGAUUAGCCCAAAUAUUAACGAGGAAAGUUUUCGCGGCCAUGUGGGCCAUUCGUCAACAGAAGACAACCCAGCCGAUAAAAAUGUUGGUAGUGCUCGGCGCAGUGUACGCGAAAGUGAGGAUCGCCGACGAUCAAGAAGUCCUUCGCGUAGAUCGAAGUCUAGUAGUGGUCGAGAGAGGGGAGAUCGAAGCCGUAGUUCUCGUCGAAGUGGUAGAAAAAAUGCGCGUGAAGAGAGUCGAAGCCGAUCGCGUUCUCGAGCAAGAAGUACUCGAAGGAAACGUUCGCACCGGUCGCAUUCGACGUCCAGGGAACCGCCAGGGUGGGCAAAAGAACUGCUUUGUCAACAACGGAAAAACGCAGACGAUUUGAAAAAGCUGAAGUCACAGGUCGCGGGAAAACCAAGUGAAGGUUCUUCGACAACAGCAAGGGCCGUCGAGCACGAGUUUGGCUACGCAGGAAAUAAAAAACAAUACGAUGUCAAUCAGUCAGUCAGUCAUGCAGAGAAUGGAUCGCGCGCUGGCCUCGGAUGAUCUAGACGAAGUGUCCAAGGAAAUCAGCACAUGUAGAAGGUUACUGAUGGAACGAAACAAACAUUUGUUACUUGCUGAUAAAUAUGGAUGGGACACUGCUGAAUGUUAUUUGCCUUAGCUAGUGACUCUGAAGAUGAAAGACGGAUAAAGAGGGCAAUAAAAGAAAGCAAGUCGUUGCGGAAUGAGGAGAAAGCGAGAAGCAGCUGAUCAACAAAGAGGGCAGUUGAAACUCAUUUGUGACAGGUUGUCUGGAACUUCAUACAUACAUACAAAUGAAUGAAAUGAUUCAAUGGCAUAUUCAUCUCAGGUCAUUGUUGAAUAAUAUAUUUAUUGCGAGUGUGCCGCCUUUCGAGCUGCAGGCUCUCCAAGUACGAUGUGAGUAAUGUUUUGGUGGGAGGUUGUGUGGACCAUAGAACCCACGAGGUCGUUUGGACCGUUAAAAUUUACUGAGGUCGUUUGGACCAGUAGACUGUAACCUGAAGUUCAGGCCCUAAUUUUAAAUAGGGCCUGACACAAAACCUCUCUAGACCAUGGGACGCCCACAUGUUAUUUUUAGACACAGCAUGCAAUAUGAUUGACAAGUGUUGUAGAUUACUAGAUUUCGAUACACAAAAAAAUUAUAUUCUCAUGAACAUGUCCGCAGAGUUUGUAUUUUGCUUAGUUUAAUUAAACUUAAAAAUUCACGGUACUUUUACAUAAUUAUUAAAGAGUCAGUUUCUCUAUUUAUUAGUCAGUUCUGUUCUGUACACGGUUUGACUGCCAAGCUUUCUCAAGGUCUCAACUUGCUGGACGCGAAUAUGCUCUAACGGGCAGUUACGGGCUAACAACAGCAACAAUGAAAUUCUCAAUCGUACCACGAAGAAGGCGAUGUAGCUCAGAAAACAACGCCGGCACGACCUGAUAUUAAAAAUAAGAGUUUUGCCGGCGAAGACAGUUGGCAGAACAUCUUGGCUGUCAACAACAAGCUUUCGAAUACAUGACUAGUUUGGCUGUUCUUUCAGCGUCGUGUGUUCAAAAUUCGUCAACAAUUUUGAUAAAGCCCUUUCAAAAUACUGUUUGUUUGAUUUAUUUUCUGCCAUAAAGCAUAAAAGAAAAGAAAUUCGAAGAAAUUGAUACUGGAAUUUGUUACGUGCGUUUGACCUUUUAUGUAUUAAUUGUCACCUUGACCGAGCUAUUUUUAAAACUGUUGUUUAUGUGAACUUGCAACAAAUCAAAAUCUUUCAUGAUGCUGAUCAACCAAUCAGAUUUCCCGUCCACCAGAUGGACGGGAAUCCCAGUUUAGAUAGGUUUUGUGUCAGGCCCUAUUCUGUGAUUAGGGCUUGAACUUCAGGUUACGUAGACUGAAGUGCAUUAAUUUUACUGUUGACUACAAACUUUGCUAUAUGUCGUUUGGACUAGCAAGUGACAGGUUGUGUUGACCACUGAAUACUUUAUGAGGUGAUCGAGACCUGUAGUUACUGUGGUAUUAGUAUUUACACUAGAGGUCGGUUUGACAGGUAUAUGUUUGAAUGAGGUCUGCAUGGUUGUAUGGACAAUGUCAUGUACUGAGAUGUUUUUAUUAUUUAAGCUGUUUGGGCUACAGUGGUCGUGUGAACCAUAGUACCCAUAAGGUCGUUUGGACCAUUGAAAAAUCUACUGAGGUUGUUUGGACCUGUAGACUAAAGUGCACUAAUUUUAGUGCUGACUAUAAACUUUGCUAUAUGUCGUUUGGACUAGCAAGUGACAGGUUGUGUUGACCACAGAAUACUUUAUGAGGUGAUCGAGACCUGUAGUUACUGGGGUAUUAGUAUUUAUUACACUAGAGGUCGUUUUGACCGGUAUAUGUUUGAAUGAGGUCUGCAUGGUUGUAUGGACCAUGUCAUGUACUGAGAUGUUUUUAUAAUUUAAGCUGUUUGGGCUAUCAAAUGUGUCAGAAUUAGAAGACCUAAGCUCUGAUGAAGAUAUUGAUGAUAAUGAAGAUGUUGUGCCCUAUGAUGAUGGUGAUGAUACUAGUGAUGAUAAUAGAAGUGAUGAUACUGGAGAUGAAAGUGUGCCACAACCAAAUCCUGAUGAGAAUAUCAAGUUUCGGUGGAGAUCAAAAGACCUGCCAACAUCUGAUGAAAGGUUUAGUCCCGAAGUAGACAACAUUGAAGAAACCAAGUCGCCUCUUGAAUAUUUUAGACAGUUUUGGACUGAUGAAGUCAUUGACUUGGUUGUGCAACAAACAAACCUGUAUAGCACACAGCAAACGGGCCCUUCAAUCAACACUACGAAGCAAGAAGCCGAACAACUUACCGGCAUGCACCUGAAGAUGGGUACAAUAAAGAUUCCGUCGUACAAGAUGUAUUGGUCUCAGAAAGUGCGAUUCCCUGCUGUAGCUGACAUAAUGCCUUUGAAAAGGUAUGAAAAAAUUAGAUCAAAUCUUCAUUUUGUAGACAAUAGUUUGAUAGAGGGAAAUAGUUCUAAACUGGCUAAGAUUCAACCAGUAAUUGACAUUUUCCGUGAACAAUGUGUGAAGAUUAAGCCGGAAGAGAGUCAUUCCGUAGACGAGCAGAUUAUUCCUGCAAAAACAAAGUAUAGCGGGAUUCGCCAUUAUAACCCCAAAAAGCAUGUAAAUUGGGGUUUUAAGAAUUUGGUCAGGGCUGGUGCUUCUGACUUCAUGUAUGACUUCUACAUCUAUGCCGGUAAAGAUGCGACUAUGGACGAGAAUGCUGACUUCAAGCACUUGCAAAAGUCUGCUCAAGUUGUUGGGCGACUUUGUCAGCAUUUGCCAUCGAACAGCAGUCGUCAAUUAUUUUUUGGUAAUUGGUUUACCACCAUGGAUUUGCUUAUUUACUUGAAAAAUAAGGGCAUAUUAGCAUGUGGUACAGUUCGCGCCAAUCGAUUACAGGGUUGCUCACUACAGUCGAACAAAUACAUGAAGAAAGCUGGACGCGGAACCACGGAUUACAAGUCCGACACAACACAGGGGAUAAUUGUUGUCAAGUGGCUGGACAAUAAUGCUGUUCAUGUUGCCUCCAAUUUAGUUGGUGUGGAGCCACUAGGUUCAGUUGAGAGGUGGUGCCCAGAAGACAAGAAGAAGAAGAAGAUUCAGUGCCCACAGCUCAUCUUGCGAUAUAACAAGUCGAUGGGAGGUGUCGAUAAGGCUGAUAUGCUAAUAUCCUUGUACCGAAUCCGCACCAAGACCAAGAGAUGGUACAUAAAGAUCUUUUGGCAUCUGGUUGACAUGGCAAAAGUAAAUGCCUGGCUAUUGUAUCGCAGACACUGUAAAACCUUGGGAAUCCCAAAUAAGCGAAGAUUGCCGUUGGUCGACUUCAUCCUUGAAAUUGCAGAAGGGUUGAUAAAUGCAAACAAGCAAGUUCCUGUUGAAACCUCCAAUGGAAAGCCUGGCAGACCCACCAACAGAAAGAGUUCAGAGCAAGAAACAUCACGAGUGGCAAAG